AAUCAACGAACAAAACCCAUUUUCUCUGAUCGAUUAGGGCCAUUAGGCCACGACGUUUCCUGAGGUGCAGGGCACGAGUCGCUCAAUCUCUCAAUCAUCUUUUUCUUUUCUCCCAAACUUCGUUUUUAUUUGAUUUUGUGUUCCUUUUUUUUUCCUCAAACCCAAAAAUUAGGGUUCAGUUUUUAAGCCUUCGUCUUCGUCUUCCGUCGUCGUUGUCGAGAGAGGUGGUUUUAGCUAUAUGGAUAUCUUCAACUGCAAAACGGAUGCUUUGCUUUGAACCUUGAUACGAGUUCAUGCGUUCUAUGUAUGUGCAUCGUAAGGAAGUAAUGGGAGAGAAUCGUCAGAUUAGAUCACGUUCUUGGAAUAGAAUGCCAACCAAAAGAUGCAGUGCAAAUGGCAUAAUGGAAGAGUUUAUUUUGGUAGAUGAUGAUGAGGUUAUCAUUCUUGAUUUUCCUGAGUCAUCAAAAUGUAAAGCUCCAGGUACAUCCAGAACCAGGAAGGAGUCCAUUUUACCGAGAGUGAUUAGCAUUGACGAUGAUGAUGAGACGGAAAAUGUUCAGAAAGCUGGGAGUAGUUCAAGCGGUAAUCCUCCUGCUGCUAACUUGCAAACAUCUGCAGAAGUGGAUAAUGACGAUUGCCAAUUCAUUCAAGAAAAGUGUGCUACUUUUAGAUUUUCAAAAUGCAAACAGACUUUCUCUACAAUGCCCUCUUCUGGAAUUCGAUUUGGUUUAGGCUCUGAUACUGACAGUGACUUUUCCGAGAGCGACUGUUCUGAUUGUGAGAUUUUAGAAGGGACUCAUAGAGAGGUCCGCGAGCAGUGGGAACAAGCAGCUCUCUUGAGAAAAAUGAAGAAAGCAGGUAAAGCUGGUCUGAGUGAGGAGGCUGGUCCUUCAAAUCUCCACAGUGACGCUAGUUUCAGGCCUGGUUUUGGAAGAACUGAACAAAAUGAUCAAACAUCUUUCUUCUUUGCUGCAAGAACUCCAGAUGGUGGAAAAGCUGGUCUGAGUGAGGAAGCUGGUCCUUCAAAUCUCCACUGUGACAAUAAUUUCAGAUCUGGUUUUGAAAGUAGAACUGAACAACAUGAUCAAACAUCUUUCUUCUCUACUGCAAGUAAUCCAGAUGGUGAAAAAGAAACCUCUUCUACUUUCUUUGGAACCGAUGGUAGAGUUCCUGAUAUGGCGACUUACUUUGGCUCGGUAAUGGAGGAAGACAGCCGAGCUAAACACUGUGCUAAUUCUAGUUUUUUCAAUAAAGAGGAUUUUCGGGGGCCUUCUCCACUGUCACCCGAAAUACGAGCUGAACAUGAAAGGUUUGAUACAUCAUCAUCUCAUUUUACUUCGCCAAAAGAACCGAUACAUCAAACUAGUUUCAAAAAAGUUGUAGAACAGCCAAACAAAGUGCAAGUUCAACGUGAAACUUCACAGUCACCUGAAGAGAACCAGACGAAAAAUGUUGCGUAUCAGUCUUAUACCAAGGAAGUUGAAGAAGAAGAAGACGCCUCAAAAUUUUCUCCGCCAGAGACUUCUGAUGGGGGUAGAGAUACAACACAUGUGCUUGGCACCCAAAGUAAUGGAGCCAGGUGUGAGCACGGGAUCUCGAGUUUAGAUGAAUCAAGAGAACCGAUCAUUGAUCCAAUUCCAUCUACAAGUGGACAUAUGCAAGGUAGUAAUGGUACAGCUCCUGCAAUUGAUGUCAUGCUUAACAGAGAGAUGUUGAAGGAGACUGAUGAAUACAAGAAAGCACAAGAAGAAGAAUGGGAGUCCAGGCAACAACAGUUACAGAUCCAGGCAGACGAAGCUCAGAAGCAACGAAAGAGAAGAAAGUUAGAGAACACGCGACAGUUGGAGAUGGAAAGAAGGCAAAAAGAGAGGGUAGAGGAAGUGAGAGAGACACAGAAGAAGGAUGAAGAAAGCAUGAACAUGAAGGAGAAAGUCCGUGCAGAAAUAACCAAAUCACUUAAACUGCUGGAACUCAAGAGCUUUAACAUGGCAUCGUUGCUUCGAGGCUUAGGGAUUCAAGUUGGUGGUGGAAUAUCUCCUCUGCCAAAUGAGGUUAGCUCUUCAUCUAUCUUUUACAGUUAGUUAUAUUUGUUAACUGCUUUUGUAUUCAUGUAUCAUGAUCGAAACCAAUUGUAAAAUUAGGUACACGCAGCCUACAAACGAGCCGUAUUGAAAUUUCAUCCUGAUAGAGCAUCAAGAGGUGACAUUAAACAGCAAGUUGAAGC